AGUAAUAGGAAUUCGAUUACUAAUGUGGAUGACAUGCCAUUGUUGUUUCACUGGUAUAGGGAAAACAAUUAUCCUUUAUAAAAAUAGGACAUUUAACCCUAAAUAUAAUUCAGCUAAGACGAUGUUGCCUAGAGGAAAGGAUUAAUGGUGUUCUUUUUUUCAGGUAAGGAUCCUCAUAAUUUACCAGUAGCUAGUCCCAAACGUUAAAUUGUCAAAAUACAUUUGUUACUCACCAAUAUAUGGAGCUGUGUAGAACAACUAUACAAUUACUGCCAAUUUGCAUGUUAUGUAACUACUUCCAAAAAAGGUCUAAAUAAAGAUAGUAGCAUUUAAUGAUUUUUCACUAAGUUCAGAGUGCAAUUCCAAUAAAGCCACCUAUUACUACUAAGCAUAUGUCAACUGAUCCAGCUGCAGUCGCCAGCAAUACAAUAUCUCGAAAGAUCAGUUAUAGUAGUGACGUUUUUAGGACCGUUUUCGGAAGUACACAUUUUGAGUUUAACAGUUGCUUUGCGCAACUCCAUAUUUUUGUGAGUAGCAAACGUAUUUUUAUUUUAAAACGUUUGCAGAGCUGGCUUAUGUUAAAUUAUAUUGGAGGAUCUUAAGCUCAGAACGCAUAAAAAUCCUCUAUUAUAAGCUCAUUACGGCAAGAGAAUGUUUUCAUUUCUUUCAGUAUUGGAGUUCUAUGAAAGUUGGAUUGGCCAUAUACACAUUAUAACGGAAGCUGUUGCUGGUUAAGUGAAAUGCUUGUGUUUCGAUUGAAUUGAACAGAGAAAAAAAUACACGAUUAAAGGCACAUCGAUCAUCCAAAUGGAAGUCUGUAAGUCUAUCGCAUACGAUUAAAGUUAGCGCAAAGAAAAUAAUAAAAUCUUGGCUGCAUCAGAAAAUAAUAAAGUUAUGUUACUGGAAAUAAAUGCCAAUGGCUUUUGUAAUAUUUGACUUGCGCAUGUAAAACAUGUUGCUCCCAAAUGAAUGUAUUUUAAAUGACAGCUUGGUUAGGUAACGGUCAUAAAUUAUGAGGUGCGGAUGUGUCAUGUAGCCUACAGUAACAUAAAAAGGCAGGGUAAUGAAAGGGGGUGUGGCAAGAAAGGAUAAUUCGGAUUCUCAUUCGUCGGAGCCUGGUCAUCCUUCCCCAACCUCCACUCCCAAACUUCAUUCACACGCCAGCGCUAGAGCUUCGGCACGCCAUUUAUCCCAUCUUUUUCUGCUGUCUGGGCUGUGAGUCGGAGUCAGUCAGCGUAGCUUUACCAAUAAGGUGAAUCUAGGGGAAUUCACGCAAUGACCGGACAUCCCUGGGGAUACGGAGAUGAGGACGGUAAGUAUAAGCCUUCCAACCUGGGAGAGCAUCUCUACACCGUAGAACGCACGCACCUCAGCGCUGACCUUGUGCGGAUACCCGGAGACGCUCGAACUGUAGCUCCCAAUGACAGACAGGUCCAGAAGCAUGGCACAAAGACUACCCAAUUGCCCAGGGCAAUCGUCAGUCUCCCAUAAACAUUGUUCCUGAAGAGACCAUGUACGAUGCCAGUCUGCCUCCUAUAUUUCUCUCCUACGAGCACUGCAACUCCAUCAACAUCUACAACAAUGGCCAUUCUGUGAUUGUGGAGUUUGAUGACACCGAUGAUAGAACAGUAAUCAGGGGAGGUCCCCUGGACAACGCCUACCGGCUGAAACAGUUCCACUUCCACUGGGGCGGGAAGGGCAGCCACGGCUCAGAGCAUACUGUCAGUGGGAAGACCUACGCUUCAGAGCUUCAUCUGGUGCACUGGAAUGCAGCCAAGUACAAGACAUUUGGGGAGGCAGCGGCAGGCCCGGAUGGUCUGGCUGUCAUUGCCAUCUUUUUAGAGUGUGUUUUUUCACAGAUAGGCGAUGAACACAGAGGAUUACACAAGAUAACAGAUGCUCUGUACAUGGUGAAGUUUAAGGGAAGUGUGGCCGAUUUCAAAGGUUUCAAUCCCAAGUGCCUCCUACCCAACAGCCUACUGUUCUGGACCUACCCAGGUUCGCUGACCACCCCGCCUCUUCACGAGAGUGUCACCUGGAUAGUACUAAAGGAGCCAAUCACAGUCUCAGAGAAACAGAUGGGGAAGUUCAGGAUGCUGCUCAUCAGCGGAGAGGAAGAAGAGGAAAGAACACGCAUGGAGAACAACUUCCGACCCCCUCAACCCUUGAAAGGCAGGAAGGUCCGAGCAUCGUUUGACUAGCUCUACUGUAAAUGACCUCCAGGUGCCAUAGCCUAUGUGUGGUCUAUCAUAUGCCACCUUGAAAAUCCUGGUGUGGAUUUUACUACCGAUGAUGAAUAGAAAUUAAGGGGAGGUAUGCAAGAAUAAUCACACAGCUCCCUCUACUGGUCAAAACCUUCAACAGCACUUUUUUAAAAGUCAGAUGCCGAUAGUACCGCAAGUUUGAAUAAUAAUGUACAGUGAAGUAGAUCUUCAAACUAGGGUUAUGGGAUUAUAUUAUGAUAUAGAUUUAAUUAUUUUCAGAAUAUUAUGACAAUUUUUUUAUUAAGAUACUACAGGGAUUGUCUGUGGUGGUUCAACUUGAACGUCCUGAAAUUCAUUGUAGUUGUGGAUGGCAGGAUUUCAGUGUCAAUAUUUUUUUUUACAUAAAGUAAUGAAUAGCAACAUCAUCAUGAAGUGAAAGACAUCACUCACAUGGUCUUCUAGACUUUACCUCUUCAGAAUAUAUUUACUUGUUACUAGACAAAAUGUUUAUCUGCACUUCUGUAUCUUCUCAAACACAAGUCAAGGUGGCCUCAAAGGUGUGGUGAAAAGCAUUUCGGUCAAAGUACAGCCCCCCUUCACAUACAGUUCUCCAUCUACCCCGGGGAUAUUUGUUAUUUAAGAUGCUAUAGUUUCUAUGCAAGGUGCUAUAUGUUGCCCAAGGGUUAAGCCACACUUUAUCUACCACUGGUAAAAGGACACCCGUGUACUUUGCUCUUUGAACCCUGACGGCCUCUUGAUGAAGCUGAUCCAUGUUUAUCGUUAUAGCUGAGCUAUCGCAGCUUAAUCCACUUUAUCCUUCAACUUCCAACCAUCACAACUGUCGGAGGAAAUGGAUAAGUGAGCGGCUGCCAAAUUUCAUCUGCUCAACUGCCAUCUUGCUCCCUGCUUGAACAACCCUGUGAUUGAUGGAACGGUGCUAGGGAGCUAUCUCAACUGUACAUCAAGAUGCCAAGCGGUACAUUUGAAGUUUACCGAGCGUACUCUUAAACCGGACUAAGGACGAAUGUUUAAGACUUGUCAGUGUCCUACUCGCUUUAAGUAAUUGUUCGACUGUCUCUCUAUGCACGCAACCCUCUCACACAGGAAGAGCGGGGUCGAGCUAGCGAGAAUAACAUUGCCCCACUAAAGUUUGUGAAAAAAUAAAUGCGAAACGAAUGUUCUGUCAAAGCGAAAAAACACAAAAUUGGGGAACCCCAAUCAAUUGUGGUAUCAGCUAUGUGAUAAAUGUCAGUUGUAGGUUUUAAAGUGAUUACUUUGUGUCCUUGCGUGUUUCUAUUUUCUCCUACGCUACAGAGCAGCCUUCCCAUUCAGCCUAUUCCUGCUGUACAGUAUGUUCUUCCAGGUAGGGGAUGUCUCUACUGCUUUUAGCAUCAUGGAAAAGCUGUACGGUAUGUUCUUCUUGGUAGGGGAUGUCUCUAGUGCUGUUACCAUCAUGGAAGAUCUCAGUGUGUGACAUUCAUCAUGAAUACAUUCUCACUGCAGCGGCAGUUGUAAGAGGAAUGGCUCAUCUGUCCACUGUGUCUGUCCUAAUGGAAGGCUUAUGUGAAUUUGAUUUAUGUUAGAUUUUACUUAGCUAAUCCUAUGCCAUACAGAGAGAUGAGCUCAUUGGCAGUGGGGUACUCCCUCUGUCCAGUCAUAUCAAUGGGAAUGAGACUAGCACCUGAGUUAUGUUUGGCUUUCUGUUUGAGACAAAAUAGAGUUUAAAAUCUAUGAGAAGCACUAUUUCUGAAAUAUUUACUGGUUGAAUCAUUUUGCAUGUUGUAUGACUAUUAAAUGGACUGUAACUGCUUGUUUGUAAAUUGUAGAUCUUAUAUAGGAUAUUGGAUUUAUUCAGUACUGUUUCAGAAAUAAAAUGUACACAUAUGUAUAUUAAAACGUUGUAUUUUAGUUAAAA